AUGGCCUCGCAGUCAGCCAUCUCGUCGCAGCACUCGGACCUCAUCACGGCCGUCCGCUUCUCGCAACACCAUCGACUGGCGACCUGCUCGCUUGACCACACCAUCCGCGUCACCGAACGCGACCCCACCACCGGCGCAUACGAUGCCAGGCCCAUCGAAUGGAAGGCCCAUGACUCGCCUGUGCUUGACCUCGCUUGGGCUGAGCCUCAGUUUGGGACUGUACUCGCUAGUGGUGCGGUAGACGGCUCGAUCAAGCUCUGGUCCUGGGAUCACGUCAAAGGCGCCACGGCGGCGGGUGGCACCGGAGGAGCUACCGGUACGACCGUGAGGGGCUCAUCAGGCGCAACCGGCUCUACAGCAACACCAGGGGGGCACAAAACAUCCUCCUCCACCAAGCGAUGGAUCCCCACAGCCGUGUUGACCGACGCCAGAGGAACGAUCCGAUCGAUCGAAUUCGCUCCCGCCGCGUUUGGACUCAAGCUCGCGGCCGUGUCGAGUGAUUCCCAUCUCCGCGUAUGGGAAUGCCUCGACCCGGUGACCCUGUCUGAGUGGUCCCUCGUCAACGAUAUCGACCUCACCGUCUUGACAGCCGCACCUUCGACCGCGCAAUCCGUCACCUUGCAGGGACCCUCCUUGAGGGUGUCGACCGCCGGGUCGAGUACGAUCAAUUUCCCCACUUCGGCAAGCGCGACAGGGGGUGCCAACCCAUCGGGCAGUCAGGCCCAAUCCUUUGACGGCUUCAAUGCCAGUUCGUCCCUCCUGAGCGGAUCCGAUACGUCGGCCAGCCCUAACAGGAGUGGGAUCCAUGCUUCGGUCGCCUCGUCCUCCCUCGGGACCGCUGCCGUCAGCUCGAUGGGUUCCUCCGCCAGCGGAGGCAGCUUCGAUGGCAGGAAAGGUGGCACGAUCGAGACUGAUGGUGGGUGGUCACUGAGCUGGUGUAAGGAGGCUUGGUGGGGAGAACGACUGGCCGUAUCGUCCGGCACGUCGGGUAUUAUUCGAGUCAGUCCAUUGUUCAAGCACGGAUUUCUCACUUGGGUCUAACCAGUUUUUUUCGCUUUUAUCGAUCAGCUCUUCCACCUCCCCGACCAUGCCCCCUGGUCCAACUUCCUCAACCUCCUCCCCGCCCGAUCCGGCUCAUCCUCAUCCUCCCACGCGUCCGUGCCCCCCACCGCAUCCCUCGCUUGGGCCCCCGCCUCUGGUCGUUCUUACCAACUUCUCGCCUCGGGAUCGAGAGACGGUCGAGCUCGCGUUUGGCGUAUCUAUCCACCUUCCUUGGACACCCAGGAUGAACUAACCCUUUCAACGGGAGAAUGGAGGGCCAAAGUCGAUGACGAACUCGAAGACCUACAUUCGCAUCCCAAGUCCUUGUCAGGGACGUCGAAUAGGAAUGCCGGAGCGAGUGGGAUCGGGACCGUCAAGGUUGGGUGGAACGUAACAGGCACGGUGUUGAGUACUGCUGGGGAUGAUGCUAGGGUGAGGUUGUGGAAGAGUGAUUUUGUAGGGAGAUGGCAGAUCAUUGCCGUCUUGUCGACUGAGGAUACGGGUGAUGAGGAGAUGGAGAAAUAG